UUGUUGUCUCGGUGCCCAUUCUUCUUGUUGUUACUGUCACGUACAAGUGUAAGCAAAAGAAAAACAGAGGGAGCAAAAAUGAAAAUAAGACAGCUGAGAGGAAUUCAAAUGAAGCUUUGAACUCAGGGGAAACAGAAAAUGACAACAAGCAUUUAAAAGAAAAAGAAGCUGCAGCCCUGAAGCUCAGUGAUGAACACCAGACUGAGGAAGGAGAUGAGAAGAACCUGCAGACACUGGAGAAUAAUUCACCAAACCAUGUUGUGGGUGAGGAAGUAGCUGUGGCACAGCAGCAGCUGCAGGGUGAGGAGCAGCACAGGGGGGAUGAUGAGUUGGAUAAAACUGAGGUGAUGACACCUGACAUGCUUAAAGAAAAGCAGGAGGCCUCUUCACAGCUGAACCUCGGCCUUGCUGUCACCACGAGGAACAAAGUGAAUGAGGAAGUAGCUACAGCGCAGCAGCUACAGCGUGAGGAACAGAGGGAGGUGGAUGCUAAUGUGAAGAAAAGGCUGGAGAGGAAGAAGAAGUUUAACGACAUAGUGGCCAGGUUUGAGCAGAAGCUCCAGGGUGCACAGCAGCAGAGUAGGAAGGACGCUGAGGAAGAUCUUCUGGACAGAAAAUCUCCUCUCUCCUGUGACCCUGAUGAUUCACUGAAAGUCAUUGAAGAGAUGGAUGCAGAGUUGAAAAUGAAAGAUAAUGAUGUGCAGAUGCUGAAGAAAGAGCUGGAAACCAAUAAAAAACAGAUCCAUCAGCCAUCAGCUGAUCAUGAGGACACAAGUCAGACUAUUGAUGAGCUGAAACAAACCCAAAAUCUGCUGGAGAAGAAGAAUGCAGAGAUCAGGGAGAUCAGGAAAAAGUUUGAGAACGAACUCAAUAAAGAGAAGCGGAGACAUAAGGAAGACCUGAAUUCCCUGAAGGAGGAGCUUGAGGUCCAAAUCAAGAAGCUUAAAGACAAGGUCAGUGAAGUCCAGCAGCAGCUGAAGGAUGAACAGCAGAGCAGAGAGGAAGCUGAGAAGAAUGUGCAGACUCUGAUGAAUGAAUUGGAGAAUAAGAACAAAGAGCUACAAGAGUCCCAGUGUCAGUUUGAGUCUCUCAAAGAGCAAACCAGAAGUCUGACAAACUGUGAACUGAAAGAAAGACACAAGGAGAAGAAAACCAAAGAAGAAGCUGAGGAGGCCAUAAGAAUGUGACAUUGCUGGAGAU